CUGCUGAAGAAGCUGCCAUGGUGUACGACAAUGCUGCUAUUAAACUACGUGGGCCCGACGCUUUAACAAAUUUUGUCACACCGCCGGCGAAAGAAACCACGCCGGAAGUCAGUGUUCCGUCAACUUCCGGUUACGAGUCUGGCGCUGAGUCUAACAAUCUUCAGUCUCCCACUUCUGUGUUACGGUUCGAGAGCGAGUCCAACUCAGUCAAGGAAGCAAAGGAAUGUCAAUCCGAUAACGGGUCGGGUCAGGAGAAGUUGGAGUGUCAAACAGGUCAAGAGGAUUCAAGUCAUUUUGGAGAUUUGAUGUACGACCAAUUGGAAUUAGAUGUACCAUAUUUGGAUAAUCAAAUUAGUCUAUUUGAUUAUCCAACACCAGAAGUCUCUCAGAUUGAAGUUGAAUCACCGUUUUUAAACGAGUUCGAAAUACCCGACCCGAUCUAUGUAACAAGCGAGGCUCCAUCUUCAGAUUAUGUAACCGAUAACUUUGCAGCAGCGGUACCGUUCGAGGAUGCACAAAUAUGGGCAACCGAGACGUUGUGGGAUGAAGAUUUUGGAAUGUGUAACGAUAUGAUGCUUGAUGUGACAUCGUCAUCUAUACUAAAAGUGGAUGAUUACUUUCAAGAUAUCACCGGUGACUUUCCUCCGGCCGAUGUUCUGAUGACAGGAUGUUUCUGAGGAGUGGUUGGGUUUGGGUCACGGGUCACCCGACAAAUUUUGCACCGAAAACAGU